CCCAACGACCCGGUGACUAACAUCUGCCAAGCAGCCGACAAGCAGCUCUUCACGCUGGUGGAGUGGGCCAAGAGGAUCCCCCACUUCUCUGAGCUGCCCCUGGACGACCAGGUCAUCCUCCUACGAGCAGGUCAGUUCAACACGACCAUAAACGUUUGAGAACCCAAUAGGCAUUAUGGGCUUUGUAGGCUAUUAGCCUGAUGAAUCAUCUGUCAUAUUCUUUAUGUAUGCUAUCAUAAUUUGUGAUCUUCAGUGUUUUCCCUAUAUGUUGCCCUUGCUGAUUGCUUGUGGCUCGAAAUUACACAGUUCACUUCCAAACUCACCCUAAGGAAGCCCAUCCAUCUCUCUAACCUUCUCCUACCCCCUCUUACCGUUCUCCUUCUGGGUACCCAUAGUAAUGGAGAGAGUGACGUAACACUCACAUCUGUAGCCAAGGCUGGUCCUGCCUCACAUCAACACCAUCAUCCCAGACACCCUGGACCCACUCCUUCGCAUACCGCCCCAACAGAUCCACAUAUGACGCAAUCUUUAUUGCACUCCACACUGGCCUUUCCCACCUGGACAAAAGCAACACCUACAUGAGAAUGCUGUUCAUUGACUACAGCUCAGCGUUCAACACCAUAGUGCCCUCCAAGCUCAUCACUAAGCUAAGGAACCUGGGACUGAACACCUCCCUCUGCAACUGGAUCCUGGACGUCCUGACAGGACACCCCAACGUGGUGAGGGUAGGCAACAACACAUCCACCACGUUGACCCUCAACACAGGGGCUCUUCAGGGGUGUGUGCUUAGUCCCCUCCUAUACUUCCUGUUCACAGGAAACGGAGGGCCAAGUACACCCCCAUUCAGAUCAACAGGGCUGUAGUGGAGCGGGUCGAGAGCUUCAAGUUCCUCGGUGUCCACAUCACUAAGGAUCUAGCAUGGUCCAAACAAACCAACACAGUCGUGAAGAGGGCACAACAACGCUUCUUCCCACUCAGGACUCUGAAAAGAUUUGUUAUGGGCCCUCAGAUCAUCAAAAUGUUCUACAGCUGCAACAUUGAGAACAUCUUUACUGGCUGCAUCACCGCUUGGUAUGGCAACUGGUUGGCAUCCGACCACAAGAUUCUACAGAGGGUAGUGCGUACGGCCCUGUACAUCACUGGGGUCGAGCUCCCUGCCAUCCAGGCCCUCUAUAACAGGCAGUGUCAAAGGAAGGCCCUAAAAUUUCUCAAAGACUCCAGCCACCCAAGUCAUAGACUGUUCUCUUUGCUACCGCACGGCAAGCGGUAUCGAUGCACCAAGUCUGGAACCAACAGGACCCUGAACAGCUUCUACCCACAAGCCAUAAGACUGCUAAAUAGUUAGUUAAAUAGUUAACCAAAUAGCUACCCGGACUUACUGCAUUUACCCUUUUUGCACUAAUGUUUUUGACUCAUCACAUACAGUGAGGGGAAAAAAGUAUUUGAUCCCCUGCUGAUUUUGUACGUUUGCCCACUGACAAAGAAAUUAUCAGUCUAUAAUUUUAAUGGUAGGUUUAUUUGAACAGUGAGAGACAGAAUAACAACAAAAAAAUCCAGAAAAAUGCAUGUCAAAAAUGUUAUAAAUUGAUUUGCAUUUUAAUGAGGGAAAUAAGUAUUUGACCCCCUCUCAAUCAGAAAGAUUUCUGGCUCCCAGGUGUCUUUUAUACAGGUAACGAGCUGAGAUUAGGAGCACACUCUUAAAGGGAGUGCUCCUAAUCUCAACUUGUUACCUGUAUAAAAGACACCUGUCCACAGAAGCAAUCAAUCAAUCAGAUUCCAAACUCUACACCAUGGCCAAGACCAAAGAGCUCUCAAAGGAUGUCAGGGACAAUAUUGUAGCCCUACACAAGGCUGGAAUGGGCUACAAGACCAUCGCCAAGCAGCUUGGUGAGAAGGUGACAACAGUUGGAGCAAUUAUUCGCAAAUGGAAGAAACACAAAAUAACUGUCAAUCUCCCUUGGCCUGGGGCUCCAUGCAAGAUCUCACCUUGUGGAGUUGCAAUUAUCAUGAGAAUGGUGAGGAAUCAGCCCAGAACUAAACGGGAGGAUCUUGUCAAUGUUCUCAAGGCAGCUGGGACCAUAGUCACCAAGAAAACAAUUGGUAACACACUACGCUGUGAAGGAAUUAAAUCCUGCAGCGCCCGCAAGGUCCCCCUGCUCAAGAAAGCACUUAUACAUGCCCGUCUGAAGUUUGCCAAUGAACAUCUGAAUGAUUCAGAGGAGAACUGGGUGAAAGUGUUGUCGUCAGAUGAGACCAAAAUGGAGCUCUUUGGCAUCAACUCAACUCGCCGUGUUUGGAGGAGGAGGAAUGCUGCCUAUGACCCCAAGAACACCAUCCCCACCGUCAAACAUGGAGGUGGAAACAUUAUGCUUUGGGGGUGUUUUUCUGCUAAGGGGACAGGACAACUUCACCACAUCAAAGGGAUGAUGGACGGGCCAUGUACUGUCAAAUCUUGGGUGAGAACCUCCUUCCCUCAGCCAGGGCAUUGAAAAUGGGUCGUGGAUGGGUAUUCCAGCAUGACAAUUACCCAAAACACACGGCCAAGGCAACAAAGGAGUGGCUCAAGAAGAAGCACAUUAAGGUCCUGGAGUGGCCUAGCCAGUCUCCAGACCUUAAUCCCAUAGAAAAUCUGUGGAGGGAGCUGAACGUUCGAGUUGCCAAAUGUCAGCCUCGAAACCUUAAUGACUUGGAGAAGAUCUGCAAAGAGGAGUGGAACAAAAUCCCUCCUGAGAUGUGUGCAUACCUGGUGGCCAACUACAAAAAACGUCUGACCUCUGUGAUUGCCAACAAGUGUUUUGACACCAAGUACUAAGUCAUGUUUUGCAGAGGGGUCAAAUACUUAUUUCCCUCAUUAAAAUGCAAAUCAAUUUACAACAUUUUUUACAUGCGUUUUUCUGGAUUUUUUUGUUGUUAUUCUGUCUCUCACUGUUCAAAUAAACCUACCAUUAAAAUUAUAGACUGAUAAUUUCUUUGUCAGUGGGCAAACGUACAAAAUCAGCAGGGGAUCAAAUACUUUUUUCCCCUCACUGUACGCUGCUACUACUGUUUACUAUCUGUCAAUUUAUUCCUAGUUAUAUGUAUAUAUCUACCUCAAUUACCUUGUACCCCUGCACAUUGACUCGGUACUGGUACCCAUUGUAUAUAUACGCUACCAGUCAAAUGUUUGGACACACCUACUCAUUCAAGGGUUUUUCUUUAUUUUUACAAUUUUUUACAUUGUAGAAUAAUAGUGAAGACAUCAAAACUAUGAAAUAAUACAAAUGGAAUCAUGUAGUAACCAAAAAAUUGUUAAACAAAACAAAAUAUAUUUUAUAUUUCAGAUUCUUCAAAUAGCCACCCUUUGCCUUGAUGACAGCUUUGCACACUCUUGGCAUUCUCUCAACCAGCUUCAUGAGGUAGUCACCUGGAAUGCAUUUCAAUUAACAGGUGUGCCUUCUUAAAAGUUAAUUUGUUGAAUUUCUUUCCUUCCUAAUGCGUUUGAGCCAAUCAGUUGUGUUGUGUCAAGGUAGGGGGAGGUAUACAGAAGAUAGCCCUAUUUUGUAAAAAACCAAGUCCAAAUUAUGGCAAGAACAGCUCAAAUAAGCAAAGAAAAACGACAGUCCAUCAAUACUUUAAGACAUGAAGGUCAAUCAAUACGGAAAAUUUCAAGAACUUUGAAAGUUUCUUCAAGUGCAGUAGCAAAAACCAUCAAGUGCUAUGAUGAAACUGGCUCUCAUGAGGACCGCCACAGGAAUGGAAGACCCAGAGUUACCUCUGCUACAGAGGAUAAGUUAAUUAGAGUUUCCAGCCUCAGAAAUUGCAGCCCAAAUAAAUGCUUCACAGAGUUCAAGUCACAGACACAUCUCAACAUCAACUGUUCAGAGGGGACUGUGCGAAUCAGGCCUUCAUUGUCGAAUUGCUGCAAAGAAACCACUACUAAAGGACACCAAUAAGAAGAAGAGACCUGCUUGGGCCAAGAAACACGAGCAAUGGACGUUAGACCGGUGGAAAUGUGUCCUUUGGUCUGAAGAUUUUUGGUUCCAACCGCUGUGUCUUUGUGAGACGCGGUGUGGGUGAACGGAUGAUCUCUGCAUGUGUGGUGUUCCCACUGUAAAUCAUGGAGGAGGAGGUGUUAUGGUGUGGGGGUGCUUUACUGGUGAUACUAUCUGUGAUUUAUUUAGAAUUCAAGGCACACUUAACCAACAUGGCUACCACAGCAUUCUGCAGCGAUACGCCAUUCCAGCUGGUUUGGCCUUAGUGGGACUAUCAUUUGUUUUUCAACAGGACAAUGACCCAACACACCUCCAGGCUGUGUAAGGGCUAUUUUACCAAGAAGGACAGUGAUGGAGUGCUGCGUCAGAUGACCUGGCCUCCACAAUCCCCCCACCUCAACCCAAUUGAAAUGGUUUGGGAUGAGUCAGUUGGUUGAGAGAAUGCCAAGAGUGUGCAAAGCUGUCAUCAAGGCAAAGGGUGGUUAUUUGAAUAAUCUCAAAUAUAAAAUAUAUUUUGAUUUGUUUAACACUUUUUUGGUUACUACGUAAUUCCAAAUGUGUUAUUUAAUAGUUUUGAUAUCUUCACUAUUAUUCUACAAUGUAGAAAAUAGUAAAAUUAAAGAAACACCCUUGAUUGAGUAGGUGUGUCCAAACUUUUGACUGGUACUGUAGCCAAGUCAUUGUUACUCAUUGUGUAUCUAUUAUUACCUUUAUUAUUAUGUGUUUUACUUUUCUAUUAUUUCUCUAUUUUCUUUCUCUCUGCAUUGUUGGGAAGGGCCCGUAAGUAAGCAUUUCACUGUUAGUCCAUACCUGUUGUUUACGAAGCAUGUUACGAAUAACAUUUGAUUUGAGAGAGAGACCUUCUCAGAAAGAGCUGUUCUGGAGCUAGCUGAGAGGGUCCUCUCUCUUCUUCUCAGUGCUCAGCUCAGGUCUUCUAUAAAUAACCAGUUUAGUUCUGCUGUCUCACAGACGAAAAUAUCCCAGCCACUCUCAUUCCCAACUCAACUCUGGGGAAAAGUGUAGAGUGUUGCCAGAGAGAACAGUUAAAGGAGCCCUGUCACUCAAACGACACAGAGCUCUCUGUGUCUUACCCUCGCUUGGCAUGUCAAGUGUGUCACCUUUAUUGGGAUGGCAGGCGCAGUUUACCCUGUUAAACACUUAUCUCUCUGGAAAGCACAUCUGAGAUGGGCUGCUAAUAACCCAGAGCCUAUGCAUGAAAGAGCUUUCUGGUUUGACUAUUCAGCCUAGAUUGAUUCAUUGGAAUUCCCUUCACUUGUUGUCAGCUCAAUUGUCAACUCAAUUGUCAACUCAAUUGUCAACUUUGAAUGUUGAAUGCGACAUGAACUUUGCAAUAGGUUUUCAAUCUUCAUCUCUCCUUAUUCUCCCCCCUCGCUCUCUUCACUCUCUUCCCUCAGGGUGGAACGAGCUCCUCAUCGCAUCCUUCUCGCACCGUUCGAUAGCGGUGAAAGAUGGGAUCCUCCUGGCAACAGGGCUACACGUCCAUCGUAACAGCGCCCACAGUGCUGGAGUGGGAGCCAUAUUUGACAGGUAGUCAUCAUCACCCUGUUGGCACUACCUCAUAAGCCUUGAUACAAUCAACUUUGUGAAAUACAUUUUUGUUGGUUGCUAUGCAAUCUUUAUCACUAAGUUUCCACAAGUAGGGCGAGAGAAAAGUAGACCCUGACCUGUAACAGUGAAAAGGGAGAUGGAGACCUGUCAGAAUUUUUUGAAGAAAUCAAUUUAUGUGUGUUCCUGAUGAAAUCACACUCUUCUGAUUGCAAUCCCACGCGGCAGGCUGUGACUAUUCCGAAGACGAUAUUGACCUUCAAAAUGUUUUUGACGGAUGAAUACAAAAGAACAGCAUUGAGAAUGCCUUCUCAGUGUACACAGAAGUUGAUAAAGCCAUCCAGUGUGAGAUCAAUCCAACAGAUAGUCAGUAUUGUAAACUCUAAACCCUGUGGCCCCUGGCAUGCUGAGUCGCCAACUGAAGUGUUAUUUUGAGGGCAACAGAUUGUCUCUCUCUCCCUCUGUCUCUUCUCUCCCCCCCCCCCCCCCCCCCCCCCCCCCCCCCCCCCCCCCCACUCUCUCCUUCUCCAUCUCUCUCUCCCUCUAUCCCCAGCUGGGAGUCUGUGCUCAAUGAUUAGCAUACUGCCAGUUCACUACUUCCAAAGGAUGGAUUACAUCUCUGCAUUAACUGGGGAAGCAUUAAGAUGACUGAUAAUGUAGCUCUAUCUCCUCUUCUCCUCUCCGCCAUACAACUGAAGAGGGUGGUUAACUUAAACACUCAAGUAUUUUUUUACCCUCAUUGUUCCUACAGGCAAAUUAAAUUAGGAUGAGCUAAGAGCUGAAAUUGACUUUCCUCUCAGAGAGAGAGACAGAGGGAGGUGGAGAGAGAAAGAGACAGAGGGAAAUGGAGAGCGAGAGAGAACGGGCGUGACUGAGUCAGAGAGGGGUGAGGAGUUAGAGCGGUCGCGUCACACUCCCGAAACGAAACGCCGCCCCACCUAGUGAUGUCACAUGCGGGCGGUGGGAGCAUCAGUGUUACAGUCUGUGAUUGUGUUUGUGCUACGUCGUUCAUGGAUGUCCUUUUCUCAGCCAUGUUCUAAGCAGCUUGAAUUGCGUGAUGUAGGCAGGGCUGUAAGAUUUUCCGCUGGUUGAACAUUCCCUGUGUGUCAGGGUAGUGGGGCCGUGUUGUGAAUUGAUUUGUAUUGAGUUUCCAUUGAGUUACACCUGUAGAUAAGGGAGGGUGUAAUGAACGGUGACCUACAAAUGUGUUGCUGACUGAUGGUCAGAUCUCUAAGAGCCUGUAUAUGUCUCUCCCUCUCUCCAUCCAGAGUGCUCACAGAACUGGUGUCCAAGAUGAGAGACAUGCAGAUGGACAAGACAGAGCUGGGUUGCCUUCGGGCCAUUGUCCUCUUCAACCCAGGUAUCACAUAAACACACUCCUAACACCCCUUUAAUCCAGAGCCUUCUAUUUAGAUCAUAAUAAUGUUAUAAAGGGCUCUGUUCCCGCUACUCUGACCUCACAAACAAUGACUGCAUGUGAUACCAGUGAACUUGCAUACAUGUGAAGCCUACACAUACACACACAUCCCACCAGACCCUUGUUCCUGCCGUGGUUUCUCCCAACUACGAAAGUGGCAUGGCGGUUAUGUGGUCCGCAACACUCUGCCCACCAGAGAUAGCCUCUAACCUCCAGCCCUCUGCUAGCCCUCUGGCCCCGCUGGCACCAGACGCGCUCCCUGUCUUUAAUGAGUCUGUGCCAUGGCCCCGGAGACAAAGAGCAGUGUGGGAGCAUGCCACCGGCCCACAGGGGCUCCGGCGGGCCUCAUUCUCCCAGGACAGACUGCUCCUCUGUGCUCCAGAGUCAAUCUGCUACAGCCCUGGCUCUGGAACAGAUCACAGCCUACUUUCCCCUAAUUAGGAGCAGUUCACAGAGACGGCCUAGCUGGGGGAAUGCUGGGAUUCAGAGAGGCUGAGUCCUUUCCCACACUGAGAUGAGAGUAUUGCUGUAUUCAGGCCUUUUCACUUGCUCCGUGGUAACCAAUCAGACCCAGAAAUGUGUUGCAAUCAAUGUUGAAUCAGAAGCGUAGCCUAGAGGUGUAGCCUCAUCCAGCCUGUGUAUGGGGAGAAUUACCAUGCAUAUGUACAGUGCCUUCAGAAACGAUUCACACCCCUUGUCUUUUUACACAUUUUGUUGUGUUACAGCCUGAAUUUAAAAUUGAUUACAUUUAGAUUUUAUGUCACUAAUCUACACCCAAUACUCCAUAAUGUCAAAGUGGUAUUUUGUUUUGAAAAGCUGAAAUAUCUUGAGUCAAUAAGUAUUCAACCCCUUUGUUAUGGCAAGCCUAAAUCAUUUCAGGAGUACAUAUUUGCUUAACAAAUCAAAUAAUAAGUUGCAUGGACUCAUUCUGUGUGCAGUAAUAGUGGUUCACAUAAUUUUUUUAUGAUUACCCCAUCGCUGUACCCCACACAUACAAUUAUCUGUAAGGUCCCUCAGUCAAGUAGUGAAUUUUAAGCACAGAGUCAACCACAAAGACCAGUGAGGUUUUCCAAUGCCUCGCAAAGAAGGUCACAGAUUGGUAGAAAAAAGCAGACACAUUAUCCCUUUGAGCAUGGUGAAGUUAUUAAUUACACUUUGGAUGGUGUAUCAAUACACAUAGUCACUACAAAGAUAUAGGCACCCUUCGUAACUCAGUUUCCGGAGAGGAAGGAAACCAGCCAAUGGUGAUUUUUAAACAGAGUUUAAUGGCUGUGAUGGGAGAAAACUGAGAAUGGAUCAACAACAUUGUAUUUAUUCCACAAUAAUAACCUAAAUGACAGAGUGAAAAGGAAGCCUGUACAGAAUAUCCAAAGCAUGCAUCCUGUUUGCAAAAAGCACUAAAGUAAGCACUGCAAUAAAUGUGCCAAAGAUAUUAACUUUUUGUCCUGAAUACAAAGCAUUAUGUUUGGGGCAAAUCCAACACAACACAUCACUGAGUACCGCUCUUCAUAUUUUCAAGCAUGGUGGUGGCUGCAUCAUGUUAUGGGUAUGCUUGUUAUUGGCAAGGACUAGGGAGUUUUUUAGGAUAAAAAGAAACGGAAUAGCGCUAAGCACAGGCAAAAUCUUAGAGGAAAACCUGCUUCUGUCCGCUUUCCAACAGACACUGGACGACGAAUUCACCUUUCAGCAGGACAAUAACCUAAAACACAAGGUCAAAUCUACACUGGAAUUGCUUACCAAGAUGACAUUGAAUGUUCCUGAGUGGCCUAGUUACAGUUUUGACUUAAAGAUGCCUUCCAGGAUCUUACGCAAUACAAAGUCGUAACAUAUAGUACGAAUUGGAUAUCAUACAAAUAAAAAAGAUGAUGACGUAGUACACAAUUUGAUGACGUAGUACACAAAAAACAGGGACCACUUUUGGCUCAUGAGCACCACUUUCAAAACUACUGGCUGAAAUUAUACAAAGGAUUGAGAGUGCAUCUUUAAAUCGGCUUAAAAUCUUUGGCAAUACUUGAAAAUGGCUGUUUAGCAAUGAUCAACAACCAACUUGAGAGCGCUUGAAGAAUUAAGAAAAUAAUAAUGGGAAAAUAUUGUACUAUCAAGGUGUGCAAAACUGUCAGACUCACAGCUGUAAUUACUGUCAAAGGUGUUUAUAACAGGUAUUGACACAGGGGUGUGAAUACUUAUCUAAUCAAGAUAUAUGUUUUAUUUUUCAUAUUUUCUUUGAUCAAAUGUUAGAAUUUGUCUUCCAUUUUGACAUUACAGUAUUUUGUAUAGAUCGUUGAAAAAAAAUGACAAUUAAAUCCAUUUUAAUCCCACUUUGUAACACAACAAAAUGUGGAAAAAGUCAAGGGGUGUGAAUACUUUCUGAAGACACUGUACAGGAGACACAGAGCAGUAGGGCAGCUCACAUGUCAGUUGAUUUGAUUUGUCUUCUGAUGGCAGCAUGCAGGUCUUAGCCUUCAGGGGCAGCCAGCCUGUCCACUGAGUUUAGCACUAGCACUGCCUCUCUCACAUGUACACACAUACACAAAGGCAUAUUAUAUUACACACAUACACACAAGCUAGAAUGUACACACAAAGCUCAUGUACAUAAAUCUGUACUUGAUAUCCUGUGACUUUUGUGCCUGGUUGUCUGAUGCAGUGUGUCUGUAUGUGUCUCUCCUCAGACUCUAAAGGCUUGUCAAACCCAGGCGAGGUGGAGGCUUUGAGAGAGAAGGUCUACGCCUCUCUGGAGGCCUACUGCAAACAGAAAUACCCAGAUCAGCCUGGCAGGUACGGAUGCACGCACCUCCCUCUCUUUCAUUAGAUCUCUCUCUCUUAUUCUCUCUCUUCCUCCACUCGUCUGUCAGUGUGUUUGGCAGAAAGUGCUUUAUGUAUGUAUUGUAUAUGUGCAGAAUGUGACAGGUGUUCCAAUUAUGUCAUGGGCAACCCUUUCAUGACUUACUGUACAUCAACAUAUGAGACAAUAUCUUGUCACGUUAAUCACUGUUUUGUGUAUUUGAUUGGGUUAGGUUUGCCAAGUUGUUGCUGCGGUUACCAGCCCUGCGCUCCAUUGGUCUGAAGUGUCUGGAGCACCUGUUCUUUUUCAAGCUCAUCGGGGACACGCCCAUCGACACCUUCCUCAUGGAGAUGCUAGAGGCGCCCCACCAAAUGACAUAA